UUAAACUCCCAACCGAAAUUUGGGAAAAGAAAUAAAGAUACCUACUCCAAAACCCACAAAGUUAAAGUUACAUUUCCAUGAUUAGCACAUUUGACAAAGUAUGGUAUCCAUUGUUGUAGUUGCUUAGCCCACUACCCUUUCCUUUCUCCUUUUUCCCCCCCUUCAAAUGCUAGUGGUGAAUUUGUACCCUUUCCUUUCGAAGGCGUGAUAGAUAUCUCCCCGUGAUGCGCCAAAAAAUUAAUCCUACGGACAUGAUUGUAUUUUUGCAUCGGAAACAAAAUGUAUUCUCUCAUCUUUAUUGUGGUACAAAUACACCACUCACAUUAAUCAUAUAGUAGUAUGUAAUUUUGUACCACCACGGACCAUGGUUCAGUUUAAAACUUGUCAGAAGAGGAUUUGCAUUAUUGCCCCUCUCCCCGCCUCCCCUCCCCGAGAGAUGCCUAAUAUUCCUCUAAAAAAUAGGGAAUGUGUUUGUUGGUUGUUGUCCACCAGUACCAUCCUAUAGUAGUAUACUAUGUACUAGCCAUUAAGUUUGUAUACCAAUAAUGCUAGUGGUUCUCUAUCUUUACUUGUUGAAUAUCAAUUUUGGCAUUUAGCCCACUAAAAACUAGCACCUUUCCAACCUCUAAGUGUUAGCAUAAGCCACUUUAACUUUUCUUUUGGUUCUAUAUUGGCAUCCUUAGCAGCCAAAAAACUUAGAUAGCCCCCACAUACCCACAUAACAAUAUCUAGGGGGAGACUUGGAGGGGGAAUGAGGUAAUGGAGAGGGAAACUAAUCAAGAUGAUCAAAACCCCUCACCUACAAUACUCGAACAAUCUCCUCGGAAACCAUUGCUGGUUAGCGGCAGUGGUGGUGAUCGUUUGAAGAGAGAUGAGUGGAGUGAAGGGGCGGUUUCUAGUUUGCUUGAAGCCUAUGAAUCAAAGUGGAUUCUUAGGAACAGAGCUAAGCUUAAAGGGCAAGAUUGGGAAGAUGUAGCAAAGCAUGUAUCUUCUCGUUCGAACAACAUCAAGUCACCCAAGACACAAACUCAAUGCAAGAACAAAAUUGAGUCCAUGAAAAAGAGGUAUAGAUCAGAGUCUGCUACUACUGACACGUCAUCAUGGCCGCUUUUUUCAAGACUAGAUAACCUGCUACGUGGUACAGGGCUGCCACAAGCUCAGUCUUCACCUAUCAAGGCCAUUGCUGUUGCGAGUAAUCCAGGUUUGGUAUUGGAGUCAAGUCCAGUGGCACAACACUUGCCUCUACCACCACCACCACCACCACCACCACCACCACCGCUUCAUGUGCCACCUCAACAAGCUUCUCCUCCAGUGGAGAUUGCUCAAAACUCUCUGGAGUCCAAUGGUGUGGAACCCAUGGCUAAGGACGAUGAUGAAGUAGCAGAAAAAGUUUCAGACAAAAACCAUGUUGAUAAUCAGAUAGAAACAGACAGCAGCACUCCAGCUCUUUAUAGCAAUGACAAAGAUGGGCCGAAGUUGAAGAAGUCAAUGAAGAUGAAGAGGAAAAAGAGAAGGCGAGAAGGAAGUAAUAGUUGGGAAGAUGUAUCAGAGAGCAUACGAUGGCUUGCAGAAGCAGUGGUGCGAUCUGAGCAAGUUAGGAUGGACACCAUGAGAGAGUUGGAAAGAAUGAGGGGGGAAGCGGAAGCAAAGAGAGGGGAAAUGGAUCUUAAAAGAACAGAGAUUAUUUCAAACACACAGCUGGAAAUUGCUAGGCUUUUUGCAACAACUGCUGGGAAAAAUGUUGAUUCUUCUUUGCGAAUUGGGAGAAGUUAAUAGCAGUCAUAACACCUUAUAUAUGGUAAUAUGAAGUUAUGUUGGAUGAUUAAGUGGUCGAAAUUUAGAUGGUAAGAAACUAAGCAAGUUUUAAGGGGGUUAAGGAAACUUGCCAUUGUUGAUCUUAGCAAAACCCCACAUUUUUAUCUUUUAAGUGCUGCACAUUUUUGGUCCUCCCCAACAGUCUAACACCCCCAAAAAUGAUUAUUGAUAGUAAUAAUUGAAAUGUACGUAUAUUAUUGGGCGCGCGCAUGAAUAACAAUUGAAAGUUAUAGUAUUUUUUAAAAUGAUAUUUUAAUGACAAAAUUAUCCA